AUGGUAGGACAUACCAAUCGCAAAAAUGUAGAAAUUGACUUUAUGAGAAGAUACAAUACGAUUCAAGCACUAAGACACUUGGUUGAUGGAUACCGCAGGUUCCAGCAAAAAAUGUCUGAAAAAUUAUUGUCUGGCUGGUAUGCAAUCGAGGCACCAUCACUAAAAGAAGAAAAUAAUGCGGAUAUCGAAGGAACAUCCCAUGCCAUUUCGCCGCUUGACCCUCAUUUUGUCAAUAUAAAGUUGCACAAAAAAUGGAACACUUUACAAAUUGAUGCCGCAGGAUUUUCAAACCGAUUUGAUAUUGAUAAUCCUCUGUAUAAAGACUUUCCGCUGCAUAUUCAGAUUAUAUGGGAAUGA